AGAGAAAAGACAUCUUGGCAUCUAUAUGUUUUGGUCCAAUCCCAACGCUUCAUCCUCGCAGCCUCGUUGAAUGAAUGAGCGCGGGACUACGGCGUGAUCCGUGCGCGCGCUGACCGCCGUUCACGCCUCUCCGGACUGCUCGCUUCUGAACUAGAUAUGUGGAGAUCCACGUAAGGAUGGAUGGAAUUAUCAGUCUGUUGGGGCUCAUCGCGCUCAUGCUGGAAGGCGUUUACUGCCAGGGAGUGUACGCUCCCCCUACUGUCCGGAUCGUGCAUUCAGGCCAUGCGUGUAACGUAGAGGAGGAGCGCUACACAGAGAGGGUGUAUACCAUUCGGGAGGGCGAGACCCUGGAGCUCACCUGCCUGGUGACUGGACACCCCCGGCCACAGAUUCGAUGGACUAAGACAGCAGGCAGCGUGUCGGACCGAUUUCAGGACACAAGCGUGUUCAAUGAGACGCUUCACAUUGCCAAGAUCCAGAGGCACCAAGGUGGACGCUACUACUGCAAGGCAGAAAACGGCCUGGGCUCACCAGCCAUUAAGUCCAUCAGAGUGGACGUCUACUACUUGGAUGACCCGGUAGUGACAGUUCAUCAGAGUAUAGGAGAAGCCAAAGAGCAGUUUUACUACGAGAGGACAGUCUUCCUCCGCUGUGUGGCCAACUCCAACCCUCCAGUCCGCUACAGCUGGCACAGGGGCCGGGACGUGCUGUCUCAAGGUUCUGACAAAGGUGUGGAGAUCUACGAACCUUUCUUCACACAGCUGCAGGGGGAGACUAAAAUCCUGAAGCUGAAGAAUCUGAGGCCCAAGGACUACGCCAACUACAGCUGCAUCGCCUCUGUACGCAACGUGUGCGGCAUCCCUGACCGCAGGGUCAUCUUCAGACUGACCAACAAAACAGCCUCCCCGUCCAUCAAGCUGCUAGUAGAAGACCCAAUCGUGGUGAACCCUGGGCAGACGGUAUCUUUGGUGUGUAUAGCCACAGGUGGCGAGCCCCCUCCUACCCUUACAUGGAGCAGCACCUCGGAGAAGCUCCCCGAGAAGAGUGUAGUGAAGGACGGCACACUCACACUGCCGGCCAUCACUUCCGAGGACGCCGGUGUCUACAGUUGCAUCGCCAGCAACAACGUAGGCAAUCCAGCCAAGAAGUCUACCACAAUCAUCGUACGAGCGCUGAAGAAGGGCCGUUUCUGGAUCACGCCUGAUCCAUACCACAACGAUGACAACAUUCAGAUUGGCCGUGAGGUGAAGAUAUCAUGCCAGGUGGAGGCCACACCCCCUGAGGAACUGAUGUUCAGCUGGCUGAAGAACGGCCGGGCUCUGCGCAGCUCCGAGCGCAUGGUCAUCACCCAGACUGACCCUGACAUCUCCCCAGGCACCACCAACCUGGACAUCAUUGAUCUGAAGUUCACUGACUUUGGCACCUACACCUGCGUGGCGUCGCUUCGUGGCGGGGGCAUCCCGGAGAUCAGCAUCGAUGUUAACAUCUCUUCCACCACUGUUCCCCCCAGCCUGACCGUCCCACGGGGCAAGUCCCCACUGGUGGUGCGGGAGGGCGAGACGGUGGAGCUGGAGUGCCUUGUUUCAGGAAAACCCAAGCCCAUCAUCCUGUGGUCACGGGCCGAUAAAGAGGUACCCAUGCCUGAUGGUAACAUGCAGAUGGAGAGCUAUGACGGGGUGCUGCGGAUCGUCAACGUGUCUCGGGAGAUGACCGGCUCCUACCGCUGCCAGACCAGCCAGUACAACGGCUUCAAUGUCAAGCCUCGAGAAGCUGUGGUCGAGCUCAUAGUACAGUACCCUCCAGCAGUGGAGCCUGUGUGGUCAGAGGUGAGGCAGGGUCUGAACCGGCCAGUGGCCAUGAGCUGCCGCGUUCUCCGUGCGCACCCCUCACGGGUGCUGCGCUAUGAGUGGCGGCUGGGCUCACGCCUGCUCCAUGCUGGACACUUCGACACUCGUGAUGAGACAGAGUAUACGGUACGCACCUUGACACGCGAAGGCUAUGGGGAAUACACCUGCGACAUCAUCAACGAGGCCGGAGCCGGACGCUGCACCUUCUUAGUCACCGGGAAAGCAUUUGCUCCAGAGUUUUACUACGACACCUACAGCCCUCUAUGGCAGAACCGGCCACGGGUUUAUGGGUACAAGCUGCAGUGGACCCAGAUGAACCCUGACGCAGUAGACCGAAUCAUGGCAUAUCGCCUUGGCAUACGACAGACAGGGCAGCAGAGGUGGUGGGAGCAGGAGAUUCCUGUGGAAGGUCCCAUCCAGAAAGGAGAGCUCAUCACGUACAACCUGACAGAGCUCAUCAGGCCCGAAGCCUACGAGGUGCGUCUUACCCCCAUCACACGGUUUGGCGAGGGAGACUCCACCAUUAGGAUGGUCACUUACAGUGCUCCCAUUAACCCACACCUGAGGGAGUUUCAUUGCAGUUUCGAGGAGGAGCCUAUUUGCAUGUUCACUCAGGACAAGAACGACAACUUCGAUUGGACGAGACAGAGUGCUGCCACGCGUGACACUAAAUAUACUCCCAACACAGGACCCAGCGGGGACCGCAGUGGCUCAAAGCAGGGUUUCUACAUGUACAUAGAGACCUCCAGACCUCGUAAAGAAGGAGAGAAGGCACGAUUGCUGAGCCCCACCUUCAAUGUUGCCCCAAAAAAUCCUUAUGGCAUCACCAACCCUCCAGCGUACUGCUUUGGCUUUUAUUACCACAUGUAUGGGAAACACAUUGGCACUUUGAAUGCGUUCAUGAAGCAGAAAGGCCAAGCUACUUCAGAUGCCAGUCCAGUCUGGUCACUCAGUGGUAACCAGGGGGAACGGUGGAGACAGGCCAAAAUCAGCAUCCACCCCACUUCCUCCUUCCAGGUGAUCUUUGAAGGCAUUCGAGGUCCAGGGAUUGAGGGCGACAUCGCUAUUGAUGAUGUCACUCUGGAGGAAGGGGAGUGUCCUGACCCUCCGUCCAAUCACAUCAGAUCCAAGGCUCCAUACAGAGCGACACAUAUAUGGCCGUUAUGCACCGCCCUGGCUUUCACAUUGUUUCGAGGUCAGAGGUGACCACCUGGUUGGGUGGAGACUGGCAACAGCAUCCGAGUCUGUGUCCCUGUACCCUCAAUAUAUAAUCACCAAAGAUUCAAACGUUCAGAUUGCUGAGAGGGACACAGCACUGGCUCAACAUGGAUUAUCAGAAAUAAAAAAUUCAUGAAAAAAGAGGAAAAAAAAACAACACAAAAAAGUAAUAAGGAUUCGCAAAAUGUAUCUAUUGAAAACAAUCUGCAAACUCUGUUCCAGUAAGAUGCUCGCAGGGACUCAACGAGAGAGCACUUUACAAAUGGAGUAAGUUGGUUAUAGGAGAUGAGGCUCAUCAGGAAGGGCUCCCACGCAGACCUGAGGACAGUUUGUAAAGCACAAGGACAACUUUGCCAGCUGGCAGUAAAAAGCUCAUUAAAAAA